AUGAAAACUGCUCUCGUCCUCCUUCUCGUCGGCGUUUUCGGUUCGAUCAAUUUUAUUUAGUUGUUUGUCAACUUGAUAAGAUUUUCUAUAGCUUUGUUGAGAACUAAGCUCUUCACACCGCGGAAAAGAAAAAAAUUUAAAAAUUGUUACACCUUCUUAAGAAUAAAGGGCCUUUUCCAUCGAUUUCAACCCGUACUUUUGAGAUUAGUCUUCUUCUGUUUUCUUCUCUUUUUCACCGAAUUUAAAAAUUUGCCUGUACUUUCUUUCGAGAUAUACAUUCUAACUUCAUAAGAAGAGAACAAUUAAAUCUUGAUCGAAAAAAUUAAGUUAAAUCAAUUUAUUCACACUUUUCAGCCCACAACCUCAUCGCACAGCAGACCUGUUCUUCCGAUCAAAGCAAUGUAAGGAAGAAUAAAAAAUAAAACUAAAACAUUUAUUUGAAUUUCAGCAAGCCAAGGGCUGCUUCCAAACCUGGCUGGGCAACUAUAACAUUAGCUCCCAAGUCACCUUCCAAAACUUCAUUUCCGCUCGCCUGGCCUUUUUCAAUGCGACUGGACAAUCUGGCUUCGAUCAGUCCUGCGUGUUGGUUUUUCUUCCUUUUGAGCUUUGAAAUUCAUCGGGAUAUGUUCUUUGACAAGGAGUUGUUGAAAUUCCCCUUGAAAUCAUUUUAACCUUCAAAAAUAGUCAAUUGUCCUUGGAGCACACUUUCUACGUUUCACAAUUUUUUUCCCGGAACUGUAGAAGGACAACAAAAUUCAAUAGAUGAUUGAACUAUUUAUAGAUCGAGUUCAGCUUUUGUAUGAAGAAAUUUUGAAAAGCUUUCGAUUAUAGCUUUCAAAAAAUAUUUCAGCUGGCAACUCGCUCUUGACACUUGCCUCCAAGGAGUCGACCUUAACUCCUGCUUGACCCAGGCCAGUUUCGCCAACUGGUUCGGCUCAACUCCCAAUGACUCCUACGAAUUCCGCACUUUCUACUACGUUGGAGACUACCAAUGCACUGACGGACGUAAAGGUAAGACUUUUUCUACAGAACGGUCUUAAAAAACUUGAAAAUUGGAACAUUUCCAGUCCUCUCCCAAAACUGGAACUGCAUCAUGAAGGUCGACACCUAUGAGGCCACCGAUUUGCAAUCUUGCUGGAACACCUACAUUGCAGCGACCAACAGCGGAGCCGACGUCUGCAAGUGAGUUCGCCACGACUUGAAACAGUCUAGCCUGUCUGCGCUCUCUUUUCCCUCAACGGCGAGGUCAUGAGAACUCGAAAAUACCAAGAGCGCAAAGAUUUGAACUUUUACGAGCUGUAGAGAUCAAACUGAAAAUAUGAAUAUUUGCAGGGCCUACAACCAGUACAUCAACUGCAUGGACAGCUUGUAUUCGAUUCUUUGCGGUCCCGCCGUCCGACCCUACAUGUGCCAGAUGGACGAGAUCGGCUUCGAGGUGAGCAUAACUUCAACCGUCUGCGCUCUCUCUUUCCCUCGCCUUUCUUUCGCCUUUUUGAGCAAUGAAAACGGUGUUCAUGAAAGCCAAAAGCCUUUUCAAAAGAUAAGAAGAAAAAAUAAUUUUCAGGUCAACUACGGCGGCUGCAACAAGACCCUCCAGCACUGCUUCUAG